AUGCUAUCCAUGCUGGAGACCUGGUUUACUAAGCAAGAUGACAAAUUUACCAAAUUGCUCAAUGAGUUUGCCAGUGUGAAUACAUCCAUUAAAUAUAUUAGCGAUAAAUACGACGAUCUUGAAAAAUGUACGCAUGAUGUUAAGAGCCGAGUAGAAAUAAUUGAAAAGAGCGUCCAAACAAAUGAAACACGUAUUGCUUACUUGGAGGCGAAACUUGACUACAUCGAACAGAGAGCGCGGAAUUGUAAUACAGAAAUAAGUAAUCUUCCUGAAAAACGUGGAGAGAACCUUAUAACCAUUGAAAAUAUCGCAAAUGUAAUAAAACAACCUGUAUCUGCACGUGAUAUCAUCUCCAUCCAUCGUGUCCCCCAGAGUAACCUAAAUAGCUCACGGCCAAAGAAUGUAAUAGUCAAAUUUGCCAGCCAAAAUUCUAGAGACAACUUCAUCUCAGCAGUACGUUUGAACAAAGGUGUCACAUCUGAUCAGAUUAACAUACAAGGUUCUCCUUAA